AUGUCUCACUUUACGAGUGAAGAUGAAGCUCUGUUACAGUCUAUGCUUAGGCAGUUGCUGCAGAGUGUGAAGGAAAAAAUCACUGGAGCCCCAUCAGUAGAAUGUGCAGAAGAGAUUCUCUUGCAUUUGGAGGAAACAGAUGAGAAUUUUCACAACUAUGAGUUUGUGAAAUACCUUAGACAAUAUAUAAAUAAUACUGUGGGAUCUGUGAUUGAAGAAGAAACAGAAAAAUGUACUUCUGCUCAAAAUCAGGGUGAAGUAUCUGGCUAUGACACACUUGUCCAACAUGUUACUAAGAAGACCCGUGAGUCAAAAGAAUACAGGGAAAUGAUGCAUGCCUUGAAGAAUGUCAUGAUGGUUGUGGUAGAAUCUUUGAUUAACAAGUUUGAAGAAGAUCGGAUGCGUAACAAGGAGCUGGAUAGUAAAACAAAGGAAGAAUGUCAGAGUGGCUAUUAUACAGACAACUGUUCUGACAGUGACUCCUCGUUCAACCAG